AUGGCGCCAGACUCCCCCCUUCCCAAGGUUGAGGCCACUCCAAUCCAAGUCUUGCAAGGCAAAGUUGAAGGCGAAAAGCUAUAUGGAUAUACAAAAGAUGGCAAGAAAAAGAGGAUCUUGCUCAAUGCAUUUGACAUGAACGGGAUCGGCCAUAUUAGCAUAGGACAAUGGCAGAACCCAGAGGACAAAAGCUCAGAGAAGAAUCGUCUCCCGUACUGGAUAGAGUUGGCGAAACUACUCGAGAAAGGGAAGUUCAACGCGCUGUUUCUCGCGGAUAACUUCGGCAGUCACGAUGUGUAUCAGAAGAGCCAUGCACCAGCGAUCCGAUCAGGCACUCAGUGGCCGCUCUAUGACCCCUUUGUUGUUAUUUCUGCGAUGGCCGCUGUCACCAAGAGUCUUGCAUUUGGUGUCACUGCUUGCACAACAUUUGAGCCGCCGUUCAUUCUGGCGAAGAGGUUUUCAACGUUGGACCAUGUAACUGAUGGCAGAAUUGCAUGGAACAUUGUAACAUCUUGGAGUGAUAACGCCGCCCGCGCGAUGGGCUUGGAUAAGCUGCCUGAGCAUGACCUGCGCUACGAGAUGGCAGACGAGUACCUCAGUCUAGUUUACAAACUCUGGGAAGGAUCUUGGGCAGAUGAUGCGGUGGUCAAAGACCCUAUCACGUCAACAUUUACCGACCCCUCCAAGGUUCGCAAGAUCGUUCACGAUGAACGGUUCUUCAAGUCGCAAAGUGCCCAUCAGGUUGACCCGAGUCCUCAACGAACCCCAUUGCUUUUUCAGGCGGGGAUGUCUCCAGCGGGCUCAGCCUUCGCAGCAAAGCACGCUGAAUGUAUCUUCAUCGGUGGACCGAAUCCAGCGUUCCUGGCCAGCAAGAUCAAGAAGACUAGGGAGCUCGCAGUUGCACAGGGCCGAGACCCCUACGACGUUAAGUUUUUUAUCCAGUUUACUCCGAUCCUUGGUGCAACAGACGAGCAGGCCCAUGAGAAGUACGAACGCUACAAGAAAUAUGCAAUCGGCGAAGGGGGCCUCGCCCUUCUCGGUGGUAUCUCGGGCAUCGAUGUUAGCGAGUUUCCGCUGGAUGAGGAGUUCCCUACGGACCCGAACCAUCCGCUGAUGGCUAAGCUUACUCCGCAGCAACGCGAACGUCUGUUGUCUCGUCCACAAGGGUACGAUAAGUGGACACCGCGCAUUCUUUCCGAGUUCCAGUCCAUUGGAGGGAGCGGAAAUUUCAAAAUUGGAAGUGGAAAGACUGUCGCCGAUGAACUAGAGAAAUGGCUUACGAUUGCCGACGUUGAUGGAUUUAACAUUGGCCAUGUCGUGGUGCCUGGUGCUUGGGCAGACGUGAUUGAGUUCCUCAUUCCUGAGCUUGAAGCAAGGGGUUGGCUCGGAAAUGGAGAUUAUGAGGUGCCCGGAGGAACGGCAAGGGAGAACUUGUAUGCAACCCCUGGAGACCGGAAGCUGAGAGCCUCUCAUCCAGGUUCGAAGUUCAAAUUCGGCGUUUUCGACGAGCAGGCUUAG